AUGUUUGGCUCGCCAGACGAUCGCAGCUGCGUCAGCCACAGCAGCGAAACGUCCAUGCCGACCAUCUCUGACAGCGACUUUGUCCGCGAUGCUAAGCAGAUUCACUGGCAAUCACGUCCCGAUCUCAAGGAUGCCGCGGCUGGAGCAUCUCUGCCUCCACACAGCUUUGAUAGCUUGAUUCAGCCUGAUGCUGGAUCUUCAAAUUCCGGAAAGGGUGUCGGCAAUGUCAAGGCGAAGAUGAAAGCGGUGGCGAGGUUUUUGACUUUCACGUCAAAGCAUCGCCCACCGUCUAGCGAGCCUUCGGUUGAUGCUGUUGCGCCUGUUGGCGAAACAAAGGUCCCUAUCGCAGAGCCGUGUCUGCCGAGAAGCAUCGUUACUCCGACUCGCGAGGACCGAAAGAAUCAACAACGAGCGACUCGUAACGACAAUUCCAAGCCGACAGCAGGAGAUCGUCCUCAGUAUGGUGCUUCCAAUCCAGCGACUAAAGAUGGAUUUCAGACGAUGGCUGAAGGAACCAAAGCAAAGCCUGUCAUUGAAAGUUUGCCGGAACGACUCGAUUCUCAACACGACCUGAUGAGCCGACCGCCACCUCCUCCGCCACUCGAUGCCGGUGCGAUCAAGUCUGAUGCUGGAUCGGUGAAGACAUUCUCAACGCCCGUUCCUCCAAUGACAGCCAUGUUGGCAAAGAAAAGGUAUCCUCGCGUACCCGAGACGCCACUCCUCUUUCCGCCUCGAGAACAGCAACCAGUCCGCAUUGCCACACCUCAUCCUAUCCGACCAGCCGCCGUUCGUGUGGCCAGUCGUCCUCUGCCGCCUACACCAGCUCUUGCUGCGCUGUCCGCUGAUCGACUCCAGAAACCACUUAUGGGGUUGGGCUUAUCCGUCGACCCGCAGAACGCCUCUCAACUGGAGAAGCUCAUCGACGCCAUGCCGCACCUUCGACGCUUUCCAUACCUUCGACGAGGGAAAGAUGCCCUCGAUGCAAACCACCUAGCUUCUGAAUUGGAAAGCCUCGUUUCGUUCCACUCCGAGCGUCGCUCCGUCCGCCAGGCCACAUCGAUUGCCUCUUCGAUCACCGCAGCCGAGAUCGCUGAUAGCAGUAGGGAGGCGGUCUGCCACUGGCGGCCCGACCCUGAAUCGCCUCACCCCGCUGUUCAUUUCAACACACGUGAGUCGAUCAAAGCCGCCAACCCAACAGCUAGCUCCCUUUGCGUAGAGGAAAGCAGCGAGGAAACAGAGUCCGUGAGAAGGAUCCAACACUGGAGGGUGCAAAUCACACAAGCACCCAGCGUCUUGUCGAAAGUCGCAUCGGCCCAUUCUCGUUUUUUGGGUACUGAUGAUGUGUCGUCUCAUCUGACUUCGGUCAGCAGGAGUCCGCUGUCGAAGGAGAGUGGAGAGCAGGACGCAGAGAUUACGCCGACGAUGAAGGCCAGGCGAGUGGUCGGUCGUGAUGUCGCCAAGUUGCUUGAACCGAAAACUUCGCCCAGGAGCGUCAAAUCGAACGGCAAAGCACACCACCACCAGCAACCAAACCCUGACCAAGGGCAGCUUGGGACACAGCACAUCGCUCGACUCUCCGACUCUCAAUUCGAUCGUCUCGCUCGAGCCUCCGAAGGUACACUACCGUCAUCCCGCUCCGCACCUGUUCCUCGCGAGCUUCCCCUCGACAACAGCCACCUUCAGCCUUCGGCACCACCGAACACACCUGCUCGUCAAAGCAACAGCGUGGACGACGACCGCCGUACAUCGCUCGAAGCACCACCCACCACCGUGUCCGUACUCGAACAGAAAGCGACGCAACACCUCAACACGCUCGACUUGAUGAUUCGUAGUCAUCCGGAAAAGAUGGUGAAGAUCUUCAAGGAGAGGCCUGGGUUGAUGUUGGUCGUUCUGCUGAGGUGCAAAGUGGAAGACAGGAUCGAUAAUCCAUAUGGUAAAGUGGAGAAGGUCGUGGCUCCGUUGGUGGAUGUGGGUAUCUCUGAAACGAAAAAGGACGUCCCGAAGAAGACCGCUGAGGAGGUCUGUUUGGGACUUAUCGAGGAGAGCUUACUCGAUCUGCGCUUCGACAGCCACACCACCGCGAACGGCGGACCACGAGUCACACUUGACGGCUUGUCCACCUCGCAGCAGCAGGCCGAAGUAACGAGCACGCCCAGCAUCGUCAUCUCUCAGCACACUGGACGCCUGACUCCGACACCUUCGGCCCCUUCACCCAGUAAAGACAUAUCGUCGACCCCCAAUCCCACGAGCUUCAGCCAUGACUCUGUCAACGUCAACGCCGACAUCAUGCUCGCGGAACUGGAUUCACGAAGCAAUGCAGCUCUCGGCUCAGUGGUCGAUCGUCUCCAGCGAACCGGUGAACUGUGCGCUGUGCAGCAGUCGCUCGUUGCGCUUGAACAAAAGAUGAUGAACACCAACAACAGUUGCAGUCGCUUGGGGGAGCGGUUGAGUGUGGUAAGGUUCGCUGACGUCAAAAAGAGUCGUGGAGAUUGGAUCGGGACUGACUUUCUCCUUUUUGACUUGAUCUGGCGACAUACAGCUCGAACAGAUGGUGCUUUCGCGCAUCAACACCCCGAACACCACAGCUUCCUUCUUCAACGUGUAGACGUCAAACACACUGGUCUGCACAACGAUGACCUUGGCAGAAAUCAGACCCGCAUUUCAAUACAAGACAGAUGA